UCAGCUGAGAACAGAAAGCAAAAUCCAAGUUCCAAAUUUGUUGGAGUCCAUUUUCUCUUUUGCCUUCUUUGUUCUUUCUAAGCUUCUCCAUGGAUCCUUCCCAAGAUUUAGCAUCAAAAGGGGAAUUCAAUGGCACUGAUGAGUCUGGAUGGACCACUUAUAUUGGAUCUCGUAUCUACAGUGAAGUCUCCAAUGAUGAGCAUAGUGUAGGCAUUGAAGACUGUGGCAACAAUUACAAGAAUGCUCAUGGAAACACUUAUGACGAUGACAACAAAGGAGAGAACAGUGAUGACUUUAAUAGAGAUACAGAUGAUGAGAGUGAUGAUUCUAUGGCUUCUGAUGCAGCUUCUGUUCCAAGUCACCUUCAACUUGUGUGUAUAAACAGUGAGGGAAGUCGUGGCUUGGAUUUCACAGAGCAUACAGAAAAUGAUAAUGAGAAGAUGCCCUUGACGAAGAAAGCAAACAAACAUGUAAGAAAGACAAGAUAUGAAGGAAUGGUUGAAAAAGAAGAGGACUCACUUCUUGUAGCAGAUAGUGCUGCUAGUCAUGUUUAAGGAAGAGCCAGGUACAUAACAGCUGCAUUUUCCAACUUGGAAAUAUGAAGGGGGUGACAAACCUAAGUCUUCAACAACAAGGAGACUCACUGACCAAUCAUGCAGUGUAAAACUAGUGUACAAGCCAAUGGGGCUUGGAGAUAAGGUUUAUGUGAAAUAAAAUAGUAAGUAUGGUACGUACAAAUUUGGCAGAUCGAAAAGGGUACCUACUAGAAUCAUAUUUAAGUAUCGAACAUAAUAAGAAGAAGCAAUCAAAUGUUUAUUUUUAUAUUAUACUGUGAUUCCUGGAAGGUCAUUCAAGAUAGACGGCAAAAUCACCAUGUAUUUGGGAGUAGAAUGGUUGUUAUUAAAUCAAU